AUGAACCUGCAGUCGGGGAAGUACAACGAAGACGACGAAGGAAUGCGGUUCAAGAUGCAAGUUAGUUGCCCGGCGUGUGGGAGCAUGAUGGUCUUUCUGGUCGCACCUGGUGUAGAUAGUGUGAGGAUAAACUGCUCGGGAUGUGCUAUCCCUAUCGAUGCUUGUACCAAAUUGCCACCAGAGAAAAUUGAGUCGUUGAAACGUUCGAUGACCAUCAAGACCGCUGAUGAGAUUUCUGCAAUGACUGAGCAACUCAGAUCGAGCUCUAACCUCAAUUCAUGGAAUCAAGCAAAUUUUGGCGUCAACUCAAUGCAAUAUCCGCCAUUUCACCAGCCGACUCAAAAUCAGUCUUUGUCUGCACUGAAUCAGAACGCAGCUGACUUAGCAAGGACGAGUCUUUUCGAUUAUCAUGAUGUUGCGAAUCGAUUACAAUCAAUUUCGAAUAGAGACCUCAGACUUUCCAUAAUAGUUUUCAAUCCACAAAACCUGAUCUGUCGUGACCAAACAGCAUCAUCAAAGCUUGAAACGCCGACUGAGGCAAAGCACAAGAAAUCGACCAAAAAUGAGAAGCUCUCAGAGCAACUAGAGCUGUCAAAGAGAUUCGCUAUGGAGGCUUUUGAAAAUAGUCGGAUGCGCACAAACGAGAAACAGAAGAGCAAGAAGGAGGCAUACCCAGAUUUAAAAGCGAGGCUGAUGAAGACCAAUGGAACGUCUCAUGCUGGAAACUCCUCUCAGACAGCGGUCGGAUCAGCCCAAAAUCUUACUGUUCAAGGCUCGUCAAAGGAAAAUGAGUGUCCAUCGCCAGUUAUCACAAUCGAGGACUCAGAUGAGGAGGACAAGGCUGUAACAUCGAUGGAAGCUGUUGAAGGGCUGAAUCAUUCGACCAAGUUUGAAAUGCAGGAUUAUGUGGUUAUUUGCCCACACCCGAAGUGCCAACAAAAAAUCACUGGUAAAGUGGAAAGAGGCACGAUCGGAGUGCAACGCAUAACAUGUCCUUAUUGUGAUUGCAAAAUCGAUUGUGUCCAUGACACCAGAAGCAACAACGAAAUGGAACCCAAGAAGGAUCCUCGGACCAAGGAAGAUCGAGCCGCUGCUCAGCAAACGCUCGUAGACAUUGACUCAGGCUUGCUUGAUGAGCCACCAACGAAUACAACGGCAUCCUCCAUCUUGGACAGCAGAAUACAAGACAGAAUUUCUCUGCAACCCGCUCUAUCUUCUGGAAUUUCAAUCGAACAAUAUUCAUCGAUGGUUCAAUCUCACUUGCAGAAAUGCUUUCAAAGCAAUUAUGCUGCCGUUGCAGCAAACAAAUUAAUACGAGAACCCUUGCCUCCACUUCCCUCUGCUGUGCCCAUGGAACAAUAUCUCAAGUCGGUCCUUUCAAACGUCGGGUCCUUAGAUCCCAAGUCACAACCACCAGCAACAGAAACAGAAUGCAAAGUGGGCGAAACCAAAGAAAACGAGACGGAUGCAAAUGUCCCAAUGGUGAUGGAUUCGGAAGGGACCACUGAAAACACCUGUGCAAAGAUCUCGGACAAUGCCGCUGAAAAGAUUGUUGAAGAUACCACUCGAAAGAUCUCGGAAAAGGACUCUGAAAACAAUAUGGAAAAGACCUCUGAAAAUGUUUCUGGAGAGAUUUCUGAAGUUUCGUCUCAUGGGGAACAGAAAGAGGUCAAGGCAGAGACGAAGGAAACCUCAAGGGCGCAGGAUGUGGAGGAUGCAAACGAGUCUAUGGAUGUGAAUUCUGUCCAUGAAAUCAUUGAAAAUGCUGUUGAUAUCGAGCUGGGAGAUGACUUUGUGGAAAAUUUGCUUGUUAGUUGGGGGAUCAUCAGGCGAACAGCAAAUAUUUUACAGCUGCCUGAUUUGGACAUGGAGGCAUUUCUACUUGCGAUACAUCGAUACGACAAGCAAGGAAGUCUAAAGACUUAUGUAGAUGACCUGCACAUCUCGCUGCUGAAGGAGCUUUGUAAGGAAUUCAGGCGUCCUGAACAUCAUGUUCGCAACAUCAGUGCUUUGAAUGUACAUACAUGGCAUGAAGGUCUUCGCUUUUACAUUCUAUGGAUGUCGAGAAAUAUUUAUGUGGCCCUUAUUGGAUGCCGCAAAGAUGAAUGUAACGAGAAGCAUGACUCAGAAGAAUCGAAUGUGUUUGAAAGACCAGAAGCAGAUGAUGCGAGAGAAAGAAUGAAUUCAGAGAUGUCAAGUUCGGCAGAAAGAUUGCAGGAGUUGGCUACUAAGUUAUGGGAGCAUCCAUACACAGAUUUGAAGCUUGAUGACCGAUUUGUAAUCCUCCGCUUUCUGUGCGAACGACUCUUGCAAAUGUAUGACGUGCGAAAGGAAUUGGAAGAAGAAGAAAGCCAAGGGCAUCUGAUGAAGAUGACUCACAAGGAAGUGCUUAAGGCGAUGCUGGAUGAAGAAGUUUUUGUCUUCCCUGAGAGGAAUCGUGUGAUCUCAAGUCAAGUGAAUGGUGUCAAUGCCGUUGAGAAAGUUUCAAGGCUCGUGCGACCGCUCAAAUCCCUGCUCGCCAAAGAUCGUACAAAGCUUGACAUCGGGACGAGACUAGAAGGUCAGGAAGUGCUCAUAGUCGGUUUUGCCAAUGGCGACCCCCUCCCGUCGGGAAUCAAACAUUGCAAGGGCAUCAUCACUCGCGCCUUCUUGAAUGGAUGGUUCGAGAUCAAACGGAUUGACCUCACGUCAUACCCUGCGGCCCAGGCAAGCCUAUGCGAAAGAUUUACCCAAUAG